AUGUUAGCCGAAGACAAAGUAGACUUCAAGGGAUUCACACAAGGAAAGAUCAUUGGUGGACGAUGGAAAGUGAUUGGGAAACUUGGCGAAGGGGCAAUGGGAGCAGUCUAUAAGGUGUUGGACAAGAAUCGCAGAAAUUUUUAUGCCGCAAUGAAGGUUGAAGACGACUUAUUUGAAGGUGGUGUACUAAAAUUGGAAGUUCACGUACUUCAGCAGUUGCAAAAGAUGAAGGGUACAGUGAAGUUGUAUGAUUCUGGAAGGCGACAGAACUAUUGUUUCAUGGUGAUAACGUUGUGCGACAAAGAUUUGAUGACACUCAAACGUGAACACGGUGGAGCCUUUUCGGAAUUAACAAUUCUUCGGCUUGCAAUCAGCACACUUUUCGCUAUAAAACAGGUUCAUGAAAUCGGCUACGUUCACCGUGAUGUUAAGCCGUCGAACUGUAUGAUCGGAAAAUAUGGAAGGGAUAGGAGAAUGAUUUACCUCAUUGAUUUCGGCAUGGCGCGUUCAUUUGUUGCAAAAGAUAAGAACGGGAAGUUAGCCAUAAGAAAGCCACGUGAUGGCGACCAACUGUUUCGUGGAACUCCCAGAUACUGUAGCCUAAAUACACACCACAGAAAGGAACAGGGCCGCGUUGACGAUCUUUGGUGCUGGUUUUACACGAUCAUCGAACUGCAUGUCGGCUUACCGUGGAGAGGCCUCUCAGAUGAAAGGAAGAUUUCAACCGCCAAAGAAAACUGUUCGCCGGGAAAUUUACUUAAGGGAUGCCCAAAUGAAUUCGGCAAAAUCCACGACUAUCUGAAAACACUGAAGUAUGAGGACCGACCGGAUUACUACGGGCUUUUCAGUGAGAUCAUUGGUGGACGAUGGAAAGUGAUCGAGAAACUUGGCGAAGGAGGAAUGGGAGCAAUUUACAAGGUCGCAGACAGAAAUCGCAAGAAUUUUUUUGCCGCAAUGAAGGUUGAAAACGAGUUAUCUGAAGGUGGUGUGCUAAAACUAGAAGUUCAUCUACUUCAGAAACUGCAAAAGAUGAAGGGCACAAUGAAGUUGUACGACUCUGGAAACAGACGCAGAUAUUGUUUCAUGGUGAUGACGCUGUGCGACAAAGAUUUGAUGACUUUGAGACGUGAAUAUGGAGGUAGACCUUUUUCGGAAUCGACUACUCUCCGGAUUGCAAUCAGCACAUUGCACGCCAUAAAACAGCUUCACGAGAUCGGCUAUAUUCAUCGCGAUAUCAAGCCUGGAAACUUCAUGAUCGGCAAAUUUGGAAGAGAUAGAAGAACGGUCUACCUCAUCGACUUUGGUGAUUUCUCUGGCAUGGUGCGUUCUUUCGUUGGAAGAGAUGAGAAAGGGAGUUUGGCCAUCAAGAAACCUCGUAGUGGAAAUCAGUUAUUUCGUGGCACUCCUAGAUACUGUAGCUUGAAUACACAUUACGGGAAAGAGCAGGCUAGAAUGUUUCUAUUUUUACUUAAAACGAACGAAUUUUUAAAAAUAUGCUACGGACAGGGUCGUGUUGACGACCUUUGGUGCUGGCUCCACACGGUCAUCGAAUUACGCACCGUUCUACCAUGGUGGCAUCUCACCAACGAAAGGGAGAUAAUGGUCGCCAAAGAGAAUUGCUCGCCGCAAGUUUUGCUUGAGGUUCUGUAUCGGAUCGAUCCAAAUUUCACCAAAUUGGUUCCAGUGUUCUUCAAGCAAACAGCUCUUCAGACGUGUCCAACCGAAUUCUUCAAAAUCCGUCAGUAUCUAGAAACACUCAAGUACGAGGACCGACCAGAUUACCACGGACUUUUUAGUGAGUGCGCGGCAGGCCUUAAACGGGUGAACGGCUCUUUCCUCGAUCCUUAUGAAUGGGAAGGACCCGAGGAAGAUGUCUGUACUGCAUUAUCAAUCUCAGAGAGUUGCAAGAAUGGGAAACCGCUCAGUAAAGCGAAGCUCGCUAUCAAGAUUUAUCCAUUUGCAUCAGCAGCUGCUUUCAAACAGAAUAUACUUAAGUUAUAA